AUGAUUUUCUUCUUGGCCUUGGUUUUUCUCUGCUUUCGUAGUAUUGUCGCAGCAUCUGAUGAUGAUUUUAUGUCCUUCGUGACACUCCCACAAGUGAGGGCGUUGAAGUUCGAUAUCACCUACUAUGACCGCGACGCCGUAAGCUCGGGCUACUGGUUCGUUGCGCCUUAUAGCUUAAUUGACCCAGAGCCCCCGACGAAGCAAUGGAAGCCGUGCCAAGUCGGGCCCUACAUAUACGAUGCAGACGGUACUCUCAUCUGGGCUGGAUCGUGCCUAUACGAUAACCGCAAUAUCUUCGAUUUCAAAGCGGUGCCUAACAUUGAUGGCGGCUCCCACUUGUCAUUUAUCUUGCAGCAUACAUUUCGGUUCGAAGGCGAUGAGAAGGGGACUGCAUAUGUUUUGGAUCAGCAUUAUGAAACGGAAAAAGCCAUCCCGGUGACUAAUGACCUUGCCGCAUUCAACAUGCACGAAUUCAACGUCCUUGACGGCGGAAAGAUGGCUCUAGCUUGCACGUAUCGAAGCAAGUACAUGAACUUGGGUGCCCUUGGUCGUCCUGAGGAGUACAGCUGGGUUUUCACCGGUGGUUUGGUUGAGCUGGACACAGCUACGGGUGAGGUGCUUUUUGAAUGGGACUCCGAAGGCUACAUCCCUCUUGAUGAAUCUGUGAAAUUGGACCCAUCAACACCAGUUGCCGACCCGCCUGGUUGGGAUUACAUUCAUGUGAACGCGGUCGAUAAGAAUGCUGCUGGCGACUAUAUCCUCUCAGCUCGAUUCACGAACACUAUCUAUCUCAUCUCCGGGAAGGAUAAAAGUAUCAUCUGGCGGCUUGGUGGGGAAACGUCUGAUUUCGUCCAAGAUUUCACUUUCUCCAAGCAGCACCAUGUGCGCUUUAUCGAAUCCAACGCCACACACACGACCAUCUCGUUCCUCAACAACGCUUCGGACGAGUUCGAACAGGGAGAAGACACCUCAAGUGCUCUCUACGUGCAGCUCCACACCAGUGUUUCCCCGAUGACCGCAAAGGUCAUUGCGCGAUACAACCGUCCGGACGGGGACCUUACUCGGCUGCGCGGAAACGUGCAAACACUGCCCAAUGGGAACGUCUUCGUGGGUUGGAGUGAACGGGGAUACCAAUCUGAGCACUCCCCCGAGGGUAACGUCCUUAUGGAAGCCCGUUUUGCUUCCUCUCGCUUCUCCACCUACCGGUCGUACAAAUUCGACUUCACUGGUCGGCCCAAUACCCCGCCGGACGUGGUCUCGUCCGUCUAUGGAACAGACGAAACCGAUCUCACUACCAUCUUCCACGUGAGCUGGAACGGCGCAACGGAUAUUGCUUCGUGGAAUUUCUACGCACGGGCGAAUCAGGACGGGAUGCCUGUGCUGGUAGGCAACACCACCAAACUCGACUUCGAGACGAUGUACAUUGCGGAUGGUUACCUGGACUGGGUCUCCGUGGAAGCAGUGGACAAGGACGGAAACGUCCUGGGGACCUCUGAGAUUCAACGGACCGAGCCCCCGAGUAACUGGCGACUUGCCGGGUUCCAAGGCAAUACCAUGCCAACACCCCACGAUCCAUCGGAUCUCCAUGAGCACAAAACCAUUGCUGUGGACGAUGACGCCGAUGACGCCGAAGAAGUUUACGUCAAGGCUCAAGAGGCGGCCGAAUCCAUCUACAAAGCGUGGGAGGUCAUCCGCGGAGUCGGGGGCCUUCUCAUCUUUGUUCUAGUUCUAUGUUCUACGGGCGGACUUCUGGCGGGCAUGUACUGGUAUUUCCGGCGGCAUAGUAUGCAGGCAUACCACGAGGUUGCCUCCGAGGAAAGCCAGCCAUUGAACGAACGGUCUACUUGA